AUAUAGGAUUUGCCGGUCUUCCCGACACCGAUUAACCCACGACCAAACACCCCUUCCGGACUCUUCUCCUCCACCGCCGGAGUACGCCUCGUACCGGAGCUGCUCUCCGGCCUGCUCGUCCUCCCCUCCAUCGCAUCCGGACCGGCUGCUCCUCCCCCCUUCCUAUCGAAUUCUUGUCUGCCAUGGGUGAUUACAAGAUCCAGAUAAGCACCGAGUUGAUCAACCAGCUCGCCCGCGAUGAUGAGAAGGUGAAAAGGAAGGUCAGGAAACCCAAGCCUAAGAAGGCUGUGGAACAACGAGAUGGGCCUCAGGACAAUGGCAGGGAGCUUCCAGGUGAGCCCAAGAUUAACCCCACUCCUGCUCCUGGGUGGCAGCUGCCACCCCCCUUGUACCUGCCAGCGACCCCUGCGCCUCCGCCACCACCGUCGCCCACAAUCCAGGAGGUGGAGGCCAUACGCACCAUCGUGGCAGAGAGUGAAAAGGUGCUGGAGAAGCUUGACAAGCAGGGGGCCGGGAUGCAGCAGGAGCUCACCAGGAGAGCCAAGGAGCUGCACGACCGGGAGUUCAAGCUGCCCUACCAGAACCCAGUGCCGUGCGCCGACGAGAAGGCGGACUGCCGCGAGUGCUACGUGAGCAAUGCUGCCCAAGACCCACUCAAGUGCGCCGAGGCUGUCAGGAGGUUCGAGGCGUGCGUCCGCAUGGCCAGGCACAGCGGCGGGGUGCAAGUUGGUCAAUAGUACCGUAGCUAGUCGUAAUGAGUGAGUGAGCCGGCACACGAUUUUGCGUUGAAUAAUCUGAGUUUUUGGUGAGACCUGAAACGCCAUUGUAGAUCAAUUAUGGUUAAGGGAUUGCUAGGCACCCGUUUACUGUGACACGCCUGGGUCAGUGUCCUUGAAUUUACGGGUUCCAUGUUACAUACUUUCUGCUGCAAAAUGGACAUGAAUUGCAGGUACAAA